AUGGCGUCAAGAAUUUCCGAUCGGUGCAAAAAGCGAAAUGCUACCAUCAUACCUAGUCUCAUAGGCCAGCAUGAUGCUGUUCUCAGCGGGGACACGACUACAAUUGACCUCAGUACGGCGGAAAACUGGGCGACCAAGACAAAGUUGCUGCAAGGCCUCGAAGGGGUAUUCAGUGGCCUGUCCGAGAAUGAUUUGGCCUACUCAUCUGGCAUUGGUGGUUGUCCUACUACGCGACAACUCAUUGCAGACUUGAUUAAUGACCGCUUUCAACCAUCAAUCCCCGUUGAAAACUCUCAUGUCGUCUUAGCGGCAGGGGGAAGCUUCGCUUUGACAGCACUUAUUGAGCAAAUCUGCGAUCCCGGAGAUGGAAUUCUCAUUGCGACACCAUACUGGGCCGGUCUCGACAUUUCCAUCAGUGUUCACGCCCAUGCCACAGUUGUGCCCGUCCAUAUACCGUUGAUCGAUUUCUUCAGCACGAAUAGCAUCUCACAUUAUGAAUCGGCGCUGGAAAUAUCUUCAAGUCCUAUCAAGGCAGUGCUAGUCUGCAACCCCCACAACCCGUUGGGUCAGUGUUACCCACUGGAGACUUUAGACGCUUUGCUCGAGUUUUGCAAGCGCCAUGAGCUGCACUAUAUUUCAGACGAAGUAUACGCUCUCUCCGCGCACCAGCCAUUUCCGGGCGGUUUCCAUCCAUUUGUAUCAGCACUUCAAAGGGGGGAUCGUGAAACGAGGGCUCAGGUUCAUGUCAUAUACAGCCUCAGCAAAGAUUUCGGCUGCAAUGGAAUUCGCAUCGGGGCGUUGAUUACUCAAUUCAACGAUGCUGUGCGCCUUAGUAGCGCUUUAAGCGUUCACAGUCAAGUGUCCUCGCUGUCGACGGUGCUGGCAUCAAAGACGAUACUGCAGCCCACCAACAUCGACACAGCAAUAAGCUAUGGGGCUCAAAGUCUGAUGGGGUCCUAUAAAGUGAUUCAAUCCUUCCUGGAGAAUGCUGGAAUGGAGUAUAUACCAGUAGCCUUUGGUAUGUUUGUAUUUAGUAGGCUUGGCAGAGUCAGCAACUUCGAUGCAGAGAGAAAGCUGCUGAGAUGUUUGAAGUCCAGAGGCGUAUCUGUGUCAUCUGGGUCAAGUUAUCAUUUCCAGGAGCCUGGUUGGUUCCGCAUAUGCUAUGCAGUUCCCAGUGAUCAGUUGGAAGAGGGUCUCAGGAGAAUUGGUCUUGGGAUUCAGGAUUUCCAUCAGACAUUCAACGUGGACGAACAAUGA